CGUUGUGAGCAACUUCGUGGAUGGACUAUACAACUAUCAACUCAAGCAGGAAGCUCUUGCUAACAAAGCUCGCAACAUGCCAUCCCUCUGGCAGUGCCUGGAGGCUAUCCGAGAAGCUCAGCACAUUAUUGAGGACAAAGCUCGAGCCGCUCAAAAUGAAGCUGACCGAGUGAAGUAUGCCGCUAUGGAGAAAGCCUUCACUGAGAGGACUGGCAUGACGGUAGAUCAGGCUAUUGCUGACUUUAGACCACCGUACGUUCAGAGCAUGAUGGGAGCACAACAAUACCCACCGUACAAUCAAUACGCCCAGCAAGGCCAUUCUCCGAUGUAUCAACCUUAUGCUCAGAACCAUCAGAGCAACCCCCAACGCAACGCUGUAGCCUUUGACACCCUGAAAAGACUCGCAUCCACUACAGUGGAUAUGCACGGUCAUCAAUUCGACCUUCCCGUUGAUCUCUACAGCGAUGCCUCAGGAUAUGGAGCUGGCUGCCUUAUUACUCAGACACAAGAAAAGGAACUAUGGAACGUAUAAGAGGGAGCUAUGCGGCAUCGUCGAGUUUGCGAGACGACACUCCAGGUAUCUUCGGACUCAAGUGGCAUCAGUUAUUCACACAGACCACAAACCGCUUACAUUCUUCCUAUCUUCCCCGAACGUCGAAGGUAUCUAUGCCAGAUGGGCAGACGAGCUUAGAUCCCUCAACGUCAGGAUCUUAUAUAUCCAGGGGUCUAGAAACAAG